AUGCCAGGCAAGGACAGAAGACCUCGUAGUCAGGGCCAAGGACAAAGCCGUGAUGUGCAGGUUUCCAAAGCUUUGAGCUUACUCCUCCGCCAUGCCGCCGAGAAGGAAGGACUGAAGAUGAACGAGCAGGGCUACGCCAGCGUAACAGACGUGCUGGAAUGGAGGAAACUUAAGUCUCUCAAAGUCACCUUCCCCGAGAUCCUACAUGCCGUCGACUCGUCCGACAAAAAGCGUUUCGCUCUCCUCCACAUCCCAUCCGCCCAAACCACCGAAUCUACAACCCAAGCAACAACAGUGCCAGUAACAGGGCCUAAUGCAGAGCAUGAGGCCGCGAAGGUCGCAAGUGAAGACCAGCCCUCGACAACCGUCUUGGAGUCUGCGCCCGCCACGAGCGACGCUCAGCAAACCGCUACCGACCAAGCUUUGGCCGUGAAUGACACCGACCCGUCGCACUUCUUAAUCCGCGCGACACAAGGCCACAGUAUCAAGACUGUCGACGCUGCAUCCUUCCUCGAACCGCUCUCCUUGGCCGAUGAAACAAAGCUACCCGAUACCGUUGUCCACGGCACGUUCCACUCGACCUGGCCGGUAAUUCUACAAUCCGGUGGUCUACGCUGCAUGGGCCGGAACCACGUCCACUUUGCGACUGGGCCAUCACUAGAAGCCGUCCUGGCCCAGGAUAAGGACGCGGUGCAGGCCAAGCCGGCAAGCGGCGAGGCACAUGUCAUCUCGGGCAUGCGACGCGACGCGCAGGUCUUGAUCUAUGUUGAUAUUCGGAAGGCGCUAGCUGCGGGUGUUCCCUUCUGGCGCAGUGAGAAUGGUGUCAUUCUUAGUGAGGGCAUCCCCGUCCCGAAGGAGGGUGAGAAGGGCGAGCCUGCCAAGUUCGUGUCCCUUGACUUCUUUGAUGUUGUUGCGGAGCGUAAGGUCGGCCUGGGUAAGCUUUGGGAACGCGGGCAGGUCCUGCAAGAGCUUCCGGAGCACCUUACCAAGAAGGGGAACCCCAAGGGUCGGCGAUGA